AAGCGACUAUAAAUUUUCAUUUGAUGCGGAAACCUCUCGCAGUUUUAAAUUUAAAUUCAGUGCAAGUAGAUCGGGAGCAAUGAGUCAAUACCAAUAUAAACGUUAGUUUUAAAAAGACAAUGUCUAAAGCCACAUCAAGAAUGUAACUUUUACAAUCAUGUUAUACUUGAUGAUAAAGUGCAUUUAUAAAAUAAUUAAUAAUUCUUAGGCUGUACCUUCAUGAAUCAUGAACUUCAGUGAUCAUGUUCAGCUCGUCGUCGAAGUUACAAACACGAGCCAAUAGGAAAAUGCGAAAAAGAUGGCGAUUGUUCCACGCCACGGAUUUUGAAUCAUUGAUGUAUCCCAUCAUUAUCUUUUGCAACAUUCUCGGACUAUUUCCGUAUAAAAUCAACGCUUUAGUCAUCGAAAGUUCCACACGACGUUACAUUCUUUCAACCGUCGUUAUCUGUGUUUGCUUCAUUUGCUUAUUGAGCAUUCUCUAUAUGAUUGACAUUAGUGGAAAUAUGAAAUAUAAAGGCGUACCCAGGACUUUUGAGCGUCAUUGCUUCUACAUACUCAGUGGUUUGAUGGCGGUUGUCACGUACAUUUUGAGUGGUCCGCGAAUGCGUUUACUCCAAACUAUAAUGGAGAUCUCUUCGAAAUUGCCUUCAGAGUCAUACCAGAAGCUAUCCAGAUUAAUUCAUACUAAGGAUAUCGUAGGCUCCUUCUUUGUAUUUAUUGAAUUGCAAUUACUUAUAUACGUAAAUGUUCAUGUUGUAAUCAAGAUUUUCGUAAUAUACGUUAGCCUGCUGACAUUUAACAUGGAUAUGUUGUAUAUGAAUUGUGUUUGCGUACUAAAGGCUUGUUUCAAAAGAAUUAAUGAUAAUCUGGAGCACAUGCGGGAGUUCAUGAUGGAUGAUAAGGUGUAUCAUCUUGGCAAGAUGUAUCAACAAAGAAGUCUAUUGUUACUGGCCGAAUUAAAGGUCUUGAAAAAGCAGCACCAGACUAUUAGUAACACAGUGCAGAUGUUGAACAUGGUUUUCAGUUUGCAGCUCCUCAUUAGUAUAAUUAUAACUUUUGGCGAAAUUACGUUCCAACUCUACUUUCAUAUAUUGUAUUGGCAAAGCAACAUAUCCAUGAUCAACGUGGACGAUAAUAUCUAUACCACGUUUUUGACGAUGUCCAUAACGUAUUAUUUUAUAAAAAUAUCGUUGAUGGUGUGGGCUUGUGAGACCGGAAAGGAUCAGGCUCUGCAGAUUGGCACUACUGUCCAUGACGUGCUUAACAUUGCCGGCGAUAAAAAAAUCAAGAGCGAGUUGCAGUCGUUUUCCUUGCAAAUUCUGCAUCGCAGAAAUACGUUCUCCGCAAAAGGACUCACUGUGGGGGAUAGGGUGGAGUCGGAUCAUCACCCGGUGGAAGUACGAAUGAGAGGAGAGGUGAGGAAAAGAGAGGGAGGAAAAGGAGGAAAUAGAGGCUGGAGAGGAGUGUGGGAUCAGAAGGGCAGAAAGACGUUUAAAGAGAACUUGGGCAAAGUAGUAUGGAAGGAGGGGAAUCUGGAGAGGGAAUGGGAAGAGUUAGAGGGGAAAGUGAGAGAGGCUAUGAAGGAGGUGGAGAAGGAGAGGGGUAAGGAGGAGGAGAGAAGAGAGGGGUGGUGGGAUAAAGAGUGUGGAAGGAAAAAGGAGAAGUUAAGAAGAGAGCUAAGAAAAUGA